CAACUUAAGGUUUCUGAUUUCAUGUCAGAUUGAAUCACAGUAUAUCAUAGCUGUACAUGCUGUGUAUAAAAGCAGAGGGAUGCAGGCGUUUCCACCACUUCAUCCUCUUUCUGAUACCUGGACGUCAGACAAGAGACAAAAACUAUGCGUGAGUGCAUCUCCAUUCAUGUGGGCCAAGCUGGGGCUCAGAUUGGUAAUGCAUGCUGGGAGUUGUACUGCCUGGAACAUGGUAUCCAACCAGAUGGACAAAUACCAAAUGACAAGACCACUGGAGGGGACGACUCCUUUAAUACCUUCUUUAGUGAGACAGGGGCAGGAAAACAUGUUCCCAGGGCCAUCUUUGUUGACCUAGAACCUACUGUUAUUGAUGAGGUGCGUACAGGAACCUACCGUCAGCUGUUCCACCCAGAGCAGAUGAUAACAGGAAAGGAAGAUGCUGCCAACAACUAUGCCCGUGGACACUACACCAUUGGCAAGGAGAUCAUAGAUCUUGUUUUGGACAGAACACGUAAACUGGCUGAUCAGUGCACUGGUCUGCAAGGUUUCCUCAUCUUCCACUCUUUUGGUGGCGGAACAGGUUCUGGUUUCACCUCGCUGCUCAUGGAAAGACUUUCUGUCGACUACGGCAAAAAGUCAAAGCUUGAGUUUGCCAUCUACCCAGCUCCCCAGGUUUCCACUGCAGUAGUAGAGCCUUACAACUCCAUUCUGACCACCCAUACCACCCUGGAGCACUCUGACUGUGCUUUCAUGGUGGACAAUGAAGCCAUCUAUGAUAUCUGCCGCAGGAAUCUCGACAUUGAGAGACCAACCUAUACCAACCUGAACCGUCUCAUCAGUCAGAUUGUGUCUUCAAUCACAGCAUCUCUUCGGUUUGAUGGAGCUCUGAAUGUUGAUCUGACAGAGUUCCAGACCAACUUGGUGCCUUAUCCUCGCAUCCACUUCCCUCUAGCUACUUAUGCUCCUGUGAUUUCUUCUGAGAAAGCCUACCAUGAGCAGAUGUCUGUUGCUGACAUCACCAACACCUGCUUUGAACCAGCUAAUCAGAUGGUGAAGUGUGACCCACGUCGUGGUAAAUACAUGGCAUGCUGUUUGCUGUAUCGUGGUGAUGUUGUGCCCAAAGAUGUCAACUCUGCAAUCGCUGCCAUAAAAACCAAACGCACCAUCCAGUUUGUGGACUGGUGCCCCACAGGCUUUAAGGUUGGCAUCAACUACCAGCCACCUACUGUGGUUCCUGGAGGAGACCUGGCUAAGGUGCAGAGAGCUGUGUGCAUGCUGAGCAACACCACAGCAAUCGCUGAAGCCUGGGCUCGACUAGACCACAAGUUUGAUCUCAUGUAUGCCAAGAGAGCCUUUGUCCACUGGUAUGUUGGAGAGGGAAUGGAGGAGGGAGAGUUCUCUGAGGCCAGGGAAGAUUUAGCUGCUUUGGAGAAGGAUUAUGAAGAGGUUGGAGCUGACAAUGUUGAGGAUGAGAAUGAUGAGGAAGAAUACUGAUUUUAUUUUUUUCUCCCAUCACAUAGACUAAGUUAGUGGAUAUUUUUUUUGUUUUAAGACCAUUUAUACAGUUGAUUUUUUUCUUUUUAGGGGGGGGGUUCAUAUACAAAAGCUUAAUGGAGAUAUUAAUAACAUCAAACGGCGCAUAUAGGUAGUGGAUGAGCUGAAAUUAUAGCCAGGAUUGGAUUGCUGUUGGUUUACAUUGGCCCCUAUUUAAUUUAAUGUACAGAUUUUGAUACAGGAAAAAUGUUAUCAGUGAGUGGGAACAAUACAGAUUCCUGAUUGUUUGGUCAGUGAGAAAAAAUGGAAUCCAUAUCAACUUUAGACUUAGCUAAAGGGAGUUCAUAAAACAAGAUAAUUGUGCCAAUUACUGCCCCAAACUUCCAUUUCUUGGAGAAAAUCCCUGAUUAUUGGGAGAGAUAAUCCUGCCAUUUGCGGUGUGUUAAGACUGAAUUUGUUUGGAAGAACUUCGCGACCACUCGGAUCAGAAAGU